AUGGCAGACUCUCUCGCGGUAAGACACGCCGCUGCUCUGAAACUCAUUGAGGACUUGACAUCGUCACUCAAUGACGUGGAACCACUAGGAGAUAUCUCGCGUGCUCAGGCGGAUUACGAUGCUGCAGAGGAACGACACCGUCGUGAACAGGACCCAGCGCGGAAAAGGGCUUUGUGUAGAGAACUGGUCCGAUACGGAGAUCGCCUCGAGGAGAUAGAAAUGCAACACAAGGAAGCCGAGGCGAAGUGUAAGGAGCAACUAGACCUCUUCGACACCAGGCUAGCCAAAGAGGGCUACCGGAAGCUGGCUACUCGUGCUUCUUCUAAUACUGGCACCGAUCAAACAACCCACCAGUCCUCUAAUACGUCGGGAAAUCUUAUCCAAACUCCAGAUCCCAACUACGGUCAACUUUCAGGGUUCACCAACAACCGAGCAACCCUUGAGAACACCGAAUCGCCAGGAACCCUUCCCCAGUCCAGCACUAUUCGGAACACGAUCGAGCCCAGAUUAACCCCAUCGCGUACAGACAGUGCAGCCCCGUCAAGAGGUUUUUCGACAGAUAUUGAUCAGCAAGUGGAAAUUGAACCGACUAUUCGGACAGAUCGGUCAAAUCAGAGACACGACAAUCCCUCCUCCUCUCGGCCUGCAAAACGCCAGAGACAGGGCGCCUCAAGUGAAAAUGUCACAGAACGAACGACCACCUUUGACGAGGUGUACCAAGGUGGUAAAGCUCGGUGGAAAUACAGAAUUACCAAGAUCCAUGGACUACACUAUAUCUUUGGGUGCGAGAAGCACGAAAAGCAUUUUGGCAAAGAAAACCCGCUCCAAUCUGCCAUGAGUCACCUGAAAGGCAAGGGACACUCUUGUAAGAGGCCUAAUGCUACUCAGGCGCUUAGAUCGCUUGGGAUCCAAGUUUUGCCCUGCACCGACCGAGACCUCGAGCUGAAUAACAAGGCUGUGGAUCGUUACUUGGCAGAGCAGGAGGAGAAGAACAAACGUCGCAAGGCUUCGGUCAAGGACUUAUCCCAGGCUCCCCAGACUGGUGAGAUAUACAUGGCUUGGUUCGGUGACGACGAUAAGGGAUACUGGCUGCACGCCUUUUUGGUCAUCCCAUUCUUCCCGCGGCCCGGCGAUGGUAUGGAUGUACAAUCGGUUACGGGGUCAAACCUCAACGACGAUAUCCCUGCUUGCUAUAGGUUCGAUGAAACUACUGAUGGGUAUAACUGGACUGAGGACUAUAAGGAAUAUGGCAAAUAUGCCAAUAACAGGGUUUAUCCAAUCAUGUGCCUCGUUGGGCAUAUCCCACACAAGGUGGACUGGCUCCCCGUCUGUCACUUCAGAAAACUCAAUCUCGAGGACGAAGACCUUGAAGACAAGGAUGUUAUCAAGGCGUUUAUGCGGAAAAACACGACGGGAUAUGUAAACGAGGUUGACGAUGAAUCUGAAGAUCUUUACGGAGAUAGCCUUGCGGGAGAUGACGAUAUACCGACCUCUAGCGGGCGUAGACAGAGCCCCAUCGGCAAUUCUUCUGAGAACAACAAUACAGAUCAAAGUAUCCAAACCGGGGCGACAGCAGAGAACCAGGAGAGCAGAACGCUUGGGCCGAACCUCGCGACACAAGAGGUAAAGGACGAACCAGCAACUAUAGGACGCCGAGAUGGGGCUACAAGUGCGGCGGACCAGUCCGCACGGGCACGCCAGAUGUCUGUUCGGCGAAGAUGGCCAUCUGCACGAAAGGGUCCUCCCGACAUGGAAACUGUGAGUGACAGUGAGUGA